AUGCACUACACGCAGGCCCUCGCGCGCUCGCGGGACGGCCACACACAUGCGUCUUCCAGCAGCUCUCUCUCUUCCGCAGCCCCUUCGGAACUCCUCCACGCGGCGCCUCCAUCCAAUUCGUCCCAGUCUGAUCUCGCUACCGAUAUCUCGUUCUCCUCCGUCUCCUCGUCUUCUUCGAAUGUCAAGCACGCCCUCCCGGGCAGACAUCACCGCUUCUUCCCACUUCUUCAGCAUCGCUCCCCUUCUGCCUCCUCGCCGUCCCCUUCAAUUGCGACCCGCUCGGGGUCGAUGGGUCAGUCAUUAGCGUCUUUUAGCACGCCUGCCCAAUCAUCCCGGCCUAGUUCCCCUUCUGGAGCAGGUGGGCGGUUCAAACGCGCAUGGGCCUCGCGGAAGAAAAAGAGUGAGGAUGCGUCCUCGAUCCUGACGGAGGCGGGCUCGGUCGCGAAAGGGAGGCAAAUUUCGCGCGAUAGUGGAGCUGCUUCUGCGUCUACUUCCGACCUCUCAGACACUCAGUCUUAUGGCCGUCCUCAAUUAUAUUCACAAGCGCAACCACCUUCCAGCUUGCCCUCUGGUAGUCGUUCUGCGAGAAACCUCGCGCCGUCAUCCAAGCUGGGUGUCUUUGGUGUUGGAAAAAGGCCGCGGACACCCGAUCUUCCGUUGCCUGAUGGUCUUGGUAGAUCCUCUCCCCCCCCACCUCCACCACCCAAGGAGUCAAACACGAAAGUCACGGUUUCAGCGUCCGCAUCCCAGCGUUCCCUACGCUUGCCCGUUGUUGAGGAUGAUGCGAUACCUUCGGCUCGGCGCCUCAAAGAUAACUUACCGUCGCUACCGUCCUUGCCUUCUUCGUCCACAUCACCGUCGCCGUCGUCAGCAAUUGAGAAGCUCAAAGAGGAUUGGCGUAAGAGUGACUCAACGAUGACCUCGCACAUUACUGUCCGCCCUGGAACAUUCACUGGGAAUAGAUCUCCACGUCCUGUCUCAUUGGCGGAGUCGAAUCAUUCUGGUAAUACUAUUGUACCUGGAAUGCCCGUGAACAAGAGGCUAAGUGCCCUCAUUACGGACUCCGAGUUCAGGAUGGUGGAGGAAGGACCGGGAUCAGAUGAGGACGAGGAUAACGGGGUUACCGACAACACGAGGGACAGUGAAGGGGAGAGCUUGUCAAGACUGUCUUCCAGAGAACUCGAUAGCAGGAGAGUUGUCGAUGGCCAGGCUCGAAUCCAUACUGCUACAGAUCAUCUGAAGGCUCGCAACCGCCGCUCAAUGUCCCUCAACUUCGGUCCUGGACAUGCUUUGCCCAUAGCAAGCAAGUCGGAGUCGAUCGCACAAGCGCUUGUACGACCACCAUCUACUGUUGGUCAUCCCUUACCAGGGAAAUCCAUGGGCGAUAGAAGUUUGCCUGGUCCAUCAUUAUCCACUACGAUCUCGCGCGAUACGCCAACGUUAACGCGAGCCGCUGCUAGCGGGAUUAUUGCUCCACUGAACGCGGCAGGUUCGCAGCAUACCACUGGGAGCAAUAUCAAGAAUCGUCUUGCGGCUUGGACGUCGGCUUCUGCAGGAUCUACGCCUAUCCAAACUCAUCCAAACAGACCACUGCCGCCUGCUCCAGUUCAAGCGCAGCAUUGGCGCCGUGCACAGAAUGCGAGCUCAACUUCGUCCCAACAUGCCCCCCCGUCUUUUCGGCAGACCGCUGUAAGCAUGACUGGCAGCUUAGCACCUGCUGCUGGGCUUGCUGUGGGGUUUGGGAAGCGAGUAGUCGGUAAGGUUGUAGGGAAGGCGUGGGGUGGGUUGAGCUCAUCGUCUAGCAGUGCCAGUGCCAGUGCCGGCUCGGUGCAAUCAUCAUCUACAUCAUCCAUUGCAUCUUCCGAUCAUGGGCACGGAUUCUCACUCGGGCGGACGGUAUCUAAGGAGUCAAGCAGCGUCCUAUCGUAUUCCACUGCAGCAUCUGCGAAUGCCGGUAAAAAAUCGAGACGUCGUGCAAAGUUCGGACAUGCGCCAAGUGUUGCUUCAAGUAUAACAUCUUCUUCAGCGGCGUCUGAUAUCGAUGGGCUUACUGCUUCGGGGCCUGUACUGGGGCGACGACUUCGGGGUCCGAGGCGCAAUUCCCAAGGCGUAAGCAUUAUUGGUGGCCUAGUAUUUAAGCGGGAUCUGCAAACUUGUGUCGCGGACACGGCGAUUGACGGCAUAUUUCAACGAAGCGAAGGUGAAGAACAAGGAAUGAGAAUUUUGACCGAACGAAGAUUGCCCGCUCUUAUAGUACGAUGUUCUCAACAUCUGCUAAGAUGGGGAUUACAAGAAGAGGGUCUCUUCAGGGUAAGCGGGCGUUCCUCGCAUGUUGCAAGGCUCCGGUCAGAGUUUGAUGCAGGAUCCGAUUGGGAUAUGGUGGACUCUGAUCCUUCAGAUCUUGAUCCUCAUGCUGUAGCCUCUAUAUUCAAGACUUAUCUGCGCGAACUUCCGGAGAAUAUCCUGACGAAAACACUGAUACCUUAUUUUGAAUCUGCUCUCGCCGCAGAAGAUGAAGCCAGCAGUGGAAGUGUCGAGUCGGCUGACAAGGCAGGCCAGCCUUCCGCCCCUUCACACAAUCGCAGUGGUUCUGCUCUUGCCUUGCGGAAGGCCCCUUCGUUGUCUACACUUGCCGUGCCCAGCUUUGCUGGCCGGCGUUCUGUUUCAGAGUCUCUCCUCAGUGCACUGACUUGGCUUAUCGCACAACUACCAACGGAAAAUCGUGAUCUCCUCUACACUGUAGUCGAGCUCAUUCGUGCCACCGCUGCCAACAGCAAAGAGACAAAAAUGCCUCUAGGUAAUCUACUACUGGUAUUCUGUCCUAGCCUGAACAUGAACCCCACCCUUCUUCGCGUGCUCUGUGAGCAUGAAGUCAUUUGGCAUGGUAUUCCCAAGACCGAGCCAAUACCUAUGGGGCCCUCGGAACCUCAGGAAGAUGAUGUUGACAUCAGAGCAACCUUUGUGACGGCUCCAGAAUCUCGCUUGAGCAUUCAGGACGCGGUAUUGAGUGGGGAGGAAUUAGCCACGGAAGACGAAAGUUCUGCCUUUUCUGCGCCUGACGACGAUAACGUGGUUUCGGUUCAACAGGUUAGUGGGAUGGACAUCGUUGAGACUAGCGUGGCCAACCACACUGUUCAGGUGGUCUCUAUGGAAACAACAGACGAGGAACAUUGCCAAGUUCAAGCUAAUUCGCAGAAGAAGGCGGAGGACCCUGCAAUCCCUUCCAUUGACCUUGUCUUAUUGCCGCCAAUCAGCCCGGUAUCGCCAGUAUCUCUUAAGGAUGACAGCGCGUCGUUCUUCUCUGCGCUGGAGCCACCUUUGUCCACGCCAACUCGCACGCCUAGCCCUAUUUCUCGCAACGUUAGUGGUCACAGUGGCUUUGAUGGAGAGACCAGUCCCCCGGCACUCCCCCCCCUCUCGUCUAGUACAGAAUCAUUAAGUUCUCCGUCUGAAUCAUCAGAAGAACCGACUUCACCUGGGGAUAAAUUGUCUACAAGACUCGAUGGAGACAGCUGUGAGGAUAGGGUGAGCAAAGAGGAAGAAAGCCGCAAGCCACAAGCGCACGCGCAAGCAUCACUCUCCCAAGACUCUUUGGACAUCCCGGAUCCUCAUCAUGACUGCGUUCUUGUCCAGGCAAUUCCUGUCCCAUCGACAGAAGAUGUCAAGAUUACUAUCCCUCUUGAUAAGUCAUCAUCAACGACAGUUCCAUUCCCCUCCUCUGGUGGUUCCUCGCCGGAUACACCGAUAUCACACAGGAAGUCCUUUGCUUUUUUUUCUUUCCCCUCUUUGCGUUCCGACCCGGGAACCAGUCAUGUUUCAGUUUCCGCGUCAGCGUUCAGCACUCCUGUGGGACCGCCGUCGAGUUGGCAUCGUCCCCAGCGACCGUCGCUUCACUUGCUAUUGCGCAAAUUGUCUGGAUCGUCUUCUGGCAUCGAUCACUCGUCCGUGGAGAGUGUGGGGUGUUCGCCUGCAAUGGCGAGCGUACCCGCUUUACCUACCGUUUAUGGUACAUCCCAAGCGAAGUCCGCAGCAGCUUCAGUUCCGGCCUUGGGUGUAAUGCUCGAUAAGGGGCGAGAUCGUUCGGAUGAGGACCGCGGCUCGAGCAUGUCGGAGUUUGCGCCGAAGCUGAACACAUCCAUUUCUUCCUCUCCGAUUCAAUUGGGAUUUGGUGAGGAAAGUGCAGAGGUACCCACUACGGAGUCACGGAAUAGCGGGGACAACGCAUCGCCCUCGACUCUUGCGGUACCUGCCAUGCGGAUUGAUGUGGACGAAAGUGCUUCGCCUAUGUCUUCCACUUCCGAACCAGGUCCGAAGGCCUUCGAAAGAUUUGGCGGUCAUACUCGCUCGCGCACUGAGUCGUUUGCUCCCUCUUUGUACACAACCCCCUUAGGGACGACACCACAAACACCGAUUGCAGACUUGUAUCAAAAUUAUAGCAGGUCGAAGUCGGCAAUGUCAUUUUUCAACGACGUGGACCGGCGUCUGGGCGCGGACGCUGAUACGACGGGGGCUAGACAUAAGGAUAGGGACGAGACAGUACGUAUCAUGGCGCGCUCACGUUCGGAGGCGUCGCAGGUGUCCGUGACGCCAUCGCUCGAGCUAUCAGUGGACCACUCGCAGGACGAUUGGGCGGAGAGUGUUUUACUCGCUGCACAAGGCCAGUCUGUCGAGACGAAAUCAGAAAGGAGUAACAGCAAUGGAACUGCUUCUGUGUAG